AUGCCGGGGAACGGAGCCACGGACACCUCCUGUCCUCCCACCACACCCAUGGCAGCAUCCCUUCAACCCUCUGCAGCCUUCCUGGGGGGCCCGGGUGAGGGGUCUCCGUGCACCCCUGGCCUCGGGUGGGCUGGCGAGGGGCCGGGGGCCAGCGGCAAGAACCGGCACGUGUGCCACGCCGCGGCACGGCUGGAGAUGGGCAGCCUCUGGGAGGAGUUCAACCGCCUGGGCACCGAGAUGAUCGUCACCAAGGCAGGCAGGAGGAUGUUCCCCACCUUUCAGGUGAAGCUUUCGGGGUUGGAUCCGUUGGCCGACUACGUCCUGCUCAUGGAUUUCAUCCCGCUGGACGACAAGAGAUACAGGUGGGGAUGGGGCAGCGGGGGCAGGGGACCAGAGCUGGGGGUGCUGAGCCCCUCCCUGCCCUGCAGAUACGCCUUCCACAGCUCCUCCUGGCUGGCGGCGGGCCGGGCCGAGCCGGCGGCUCCUGGCCGCGUCCACUUCCACCCCGACUCCCCGGCCAAGGGCGCCCAGUGGAUGCGGCAGAUCGUGUCCUUCGACAAGCUCAAGCUGACCAACAACCUCCUGGACGACAACGGCCACAUCAUCCUCAACUCCAUGCACCGCUACCAGCCCCGCUUCCACGUCGUGUUUGUGGACCCGCGGCGCGACAGCGAGCGCUUCGCCCACCAGAACUUCAAGUCCUUCAGCUUCCCCGAGACCCAGUUCAUGGCAGUGACAGCCUACCAGAACCACCGGAUCACCCAGCUGAAGAUCGCCAGCAACCCCUUUGCCAAGGGAUUUCGGGACGGCGACCCCGAGCCGUGGUAAGGCACGCCUGGAUGUUACCCCCACACCACGGCAAGGGUGUCGAGGCACCUCCCUGAGCCCCCAUCCCACGUCUCUUGCAGGUGUGGGGUGCCAGCAGGGUCCCUGCUGGGGGCGAUGCCCCGCGCCCAGGCCGCCCCACUGGCCCCCCGCCCCGAGAAGCAGGAGAAAGGUAGGGGGGCUGCGGGGGGGGCUGAGCCCCUGCUGCUGCCUCUGCCCCCUGCAGGGGCUCCUCGCAGCCAUGGGGCUCUGGCUGCUGCCCCCCAACAGCCAGCAGCACCCCCCAGUUUCUCCGAGCUCCCUGCACCCACCUUCCAGCCGCUCAGCUGCCCCCCUGGGGUCUAUGUGGGAGCCAAACCCCGCAGCCUGCCCUACCCUCUGCCUGCCUUCCCCCAGCUCAGCUCCUACGGCCCCACCUCAGCCCCCACCUUUGGCUACGGC